CCAAUUUGUAUGGCUGUGGGUUGCCUGUGUUGAUAGCAUUCAUAGACUGGGACUAGACGUGAGUACCCUGGGUCUUUCCGGGUCAGUGGUCAGCAGACAGAAAAAAGCGCUAAGAUAAGAGAAAUAAUAAAAUGGCGGAUCAUGAAUACAUAACGAUUCCUGAUGAUUACCAGGGCUACCCCCUUAACAUGUUUUGUAUCCCAAAACACUACGAGGGAGAUCUUGAGCAUGUCAUGAUACCAAAGGGUCUCAUUCAAGACAGAACUGAGCGCAUUGCCAGGAACAUCUGCAGGGAAAUGAGUGGGCCUUUGGUGGGGCUGUGUGUUUUGAAAGGCGGAUAUCAAUUUUUUGCUGAUCUGAUGGAGUUUAUAAGGACAAUGAAUGCCAAUUCUGCCGAGUCCAUGCAGAUGUCUGUGGAUUUUGUCAGAUUAAAAAGUUAUGAGGAUGAUAAGUCUUCAGGUGAAGUAAGGAUCAUCGGUGGAGAUAAUCUAGAAUCCUUGACAGGAAAGAAUGUUCUCAUUGUAGAGGACAUUAUAGAUACUGGUGCUACUAUGGUAAAACUGCUCAAAACUAUAAAGCAGUAUAACCCUGCAAGUGUUAAAGUUGUAAGCUUGCUAAUCAAGCGCAAUGUGAAUAGUGUUGGAUAUAAACCAGAUUAUGCAGGAUUCGAAGUUCCUGAUAGAUUUGUUGUCGGAUAUGCAUUGGACUAUAAUGAGUACUUCAGGGAUCUCAAUCAUAUUUGUGUCAUUAACAACAGUGGCAAGACAAAGUACGCCAGUAUGUCAUAACUGGACACAAAUUCCUAAAAAAGUUCUUACUUGUUCCUCGUUUCAUUCAAAAGUUUAUUAUACUAAUGUAAUUAGAUUUUUUUAAAUAGAAUUAAUGUACAUGUAUUCGGUCUGUAAAAUUGAAUUCUAUUUUGUAAAAAAUAGAAUAAUACACAAUAUAUUCGUUGUAGAUACACUGCAGUAGAACCCGUCUAAACGGGCAUACCAAGAUCUUACGUCUACAAACGGAUCAGGUAUCUUCUUGUUAUAUUUCCUAUAAAAUUACCAGGCUAAGCUUAUUCGAGCGAUGGCGGUAUUUUCGGACAAAAAUGUCUUGUCCUAAUGCACUUUUUUGGGCUUGCCAUGGUCCCACUUGUCCGAGCUAUGGCCGACACGUUAGGGACAGCGUUCAUACAGUGUAGUUUACGUGCCCCAUGGAAUAAAAUGAAUAAGAGACUUAGCACAUAGUAAAACACCUAAGUGGAUUUCCCAUUAAUGCGAAUUCUGUAGGAUAAUUCUGUAGAAUACUGUAGGAUUCUUAAUGUUUGGAUAUCUUAUUUUUCAAUUUAAAUUGUUAUGUCAUCUAUAUUCCUGUUUUGAAUUAAAGUAAGAUUAUUGUUU